AUGGUGCUGCAGCGCUUCUCGUGGCCGUACGGCGGCCGGAGCGCCUCCUUCUGCGGCAGCUUCACCGGGUGGAGGCAAUGUCCCAUGGGGCUGGUCGGGGCCGAGUUCCAGGUCGUCUUCGAUCUGCCCCCCGGGGUUUACCAGUACCGGUUUUUGGUUGAUGGUGUCUGGAGGUGUGAUGAGGCGAAACCCUUUGUACGUGAUGAAUAUGGAAUGAUCAGCAAUGAAGUGCUUGUGGAAAACAAUGUACAACCUGUUGUGCAGCCAGAGCCUUCUAUCAGAGGAACUAAUGUGGAUGAGGGUAUCAUUUUGACAACAAUGCCCCCGGAGCCAGGCGUGCAAAUAGCAGUUUUCUGCCAUGUGGUCUCUGGAAUAUUAUUACACAAUACCAUAUAUGACGUUGUUCCUAUUUCUAGCAAGUUAGCAGUUUUGGACACUCAGCUUCCUGUUAAACAAGCAUUUAAAAUAAUGCAUGACGAGGGUCUUGCCCUGGUUCCUCUUUGGGAUGACCAUCAGGGAACCAUAACAGGCAUGCUCACUGCAUCAGAUUUUGUAUUAAUGUUGAGAAAGUUGCAGAGAAACAUUCGAGUUAUUGGCAAUGAAGAGCUUGAAAUGCAUCCCAUUUCUGCUUGGAAAGAAGCAAAGCUACAGUUCUAUGGUGGGCCUGAUGGUGCUGCCAUGCAGAGAAGGCCAUUAAUCCAUGUUAAGGAUUCAGAUAAUUUAGUGGAUGUGGCACUGACUAUAAUCAGAAAUGAAAUAUCUUCAGUUCCUAUCUUUAAGUGCAUGCCUGAUUCAUCAGGGAUGCCUUUCCUUAAUCUUGCAACCCUCCAGGGGAUUUUGAAAUUUCUUUGCUCGAAGCUACAAGAACAGGCUGAAGGCUGUUCCCUUCUGCACAAUCAGCUUCUCAGUAUUCCUAUUGGUACAUGGUCUCCACAUACGGGGAGGUCAAGUAGCAGGCAACUCAGAACUUUGCUACUGAGUUCUCCUCUAAAUACUUGCCUGGAUUUUCUGCUUCAAGAUAGAGUAAGCUCAAUUCCUAUAGUUGAUGACAAUGGAUCCCUCCAUGAUGUCUACUCACUCAGUGAUAUCAUGGCUCUGGCGAAGAAUGAUGUUUAUGCUCACAUCGAACUUGAACAAGUGACUGUGCAAAAUGCUUUGGAUGUGCAAUACCAGGUGCAUGGCCGAAGACACUGUCAUACUUGUUUGCAGACGAGUACCUUGCUGGAAGUCUUGGAGGGAUUGUCUGUUCCAGGAGUGCGACGGCUUGUUGUUAUUGAACAAAGUACCAGAUUUGUGGAAGGAAUCAUCUCAUUGAGAGACAUUUUUACAUUUCUCCUUGGAUAG